AGGCCCGUGUAUAUCCUAUGAAAAAGCUGCUCUCAACUUCCCCCCAGCCUUUUAAAAGAAAACAUUUGCUACAUCGAGCCGUUCUAGGUGUAAAGAGGUUGUGACUUAUGAUAGAGUUAGAAAAUCACACAUCUUGUAAAUUCCCAUUUGUUAAUAAUAAUAAUAAUAAUAAUAAUAAUAAUAAUAGGACAUAAAUGGCUUCUGGAGAUGACUUUUUGCAAUGAAGUUGUUAGACCACCUCUGGAAGUGACAGCAGGAGCCACACAUCCACGUUUAUUAAGUGGGUUAGAGCAGGAGUCCCCAAACCCUGGAUCUAGGUUGCACGCUCCUUAUGAGACUCUAAUAAUGCCUGAUGAUCUGAGGUGGAACAGUUUCAUCCUGAAACCAUGCCCCUACCUUCCAUGGAAAAAUUGCCUUCCGUGAAACCAGUCCCUGGUGCCAAAGAGGUUGGGGACCACUGGGUUAGAGGACAUGGGGCAGAAGACCUGAGAAGGAAGAGAGGACAGUUCUGUGCCACACUGGUCAUAUUUAGAAGACAUUUGCAUAUUCCAACCAUUGUUCUGUGUGUGCAUUUUAUUUCUCACGACUGUAUAUGUAGUUAACAAUACUAAGUAUUUUUUGAACUAUCUACCCUUUCUAGAUGUUCUGAAAUGCCUAUGUUAAAAUUAGAGGUAGUAAAAUAACAUAUUUUGUAAAUCUUUUUGUUAAAAUUCAUAUGUAAUGUUGUUUUGGUUGGUGGGGGGGUGGCCACACCACCUGUUAGUAAUACACAUUGUGUUUGUGCACUGGUUCAGGGGAGGAGAGAGGAAAGGAAGUGUAAGAGCUCUAUGCCAAUGUGCUUAUAGUGAGGCAAGGUUAAUAACCAUUGUCUCAUGCCUGGGCAUUUUGUUUUACUUACCUGGGUAUAUUGUGUAUCUAAAGGACAAAUGAGUCCUGACUUUACAACAUCUAGUCUUUCUAGAUGUUAAAGAGGUUGCUAGUGUAUGACAAAAGUAGUUAGUAAACUAAUAUAUUUUGUACAUUUCGUUUUAAGAUUCCCAGGAAAGACAGUCUUCUGAAAAUUUGAGCGUUAUUGCCCAGCGGGUUGAUGGAGAUGGGAAGGUGUAGGCCAGAAUGUUCAUAUUUGGAAGACUCAGUCAUAACUGUUUUUACAUGUGUUCACUUUAUUCAAGACUUCUGUGCAUAUAGUGGACAAAUUAACUUCUUACCUGAAACAUCCUAUCUAUGUAGAUGUUCAGAAUUGCCUGACAUAUGUUAAGUGUAGAGGUAGUAAAAUAUCACCUUGUAAAUAUCUUUUUGCUAAAAUUCUUGGGAAGUACUAUCUUUUGGAAGUGGAAUUGUGAAGCCACCUCUGUAAGCAGUACAGUACUGUCUAUACUUGUUCAAUGGUUUAGAAAUGGGAGGGAAGAAAUUGCCAAAGGUAAUAUGCUAGUGUGUUCAUACUUGGACAUUUCAUUUGCCAUUUUUCUGUAUCUUUUGUGCAUUUUGUUUUGCUGUGUAUGUAGAGUACAUAAUGGACAAAUGAGUCCUAAUUUUGCAACAUUUGGUCUCUAGAUGUUUAAGAAGUUGCCAGUGUAUGACAAAGUAUCUAGUAAAAUUAGCACAUUUUGCACACUUUGUAUUGAAAUUCAUAGGAAAGCUUGUCUUCUGUAAAUGAUUUUUGGGUAUGAAUUUGUUCAGCCAUCUCUAAGCAUUACACAUGCCUGAACCUGUCCACUGGAUUGAAGACAGAGAGAAGGAAGUGAGGAAGGACUGGUUCAAGGUCAAAAUUGUCAUAUUUAGAAGAUACCUCCGAUUAUAGCCAUUGUUACAUGUGCAAUUUUAUUUUACAGUGCUAUGUACACAGUGGAAAGUUAUAUGAAAUAUCUGGUCUCUCUAGAUAGUUAGAAAUGCUUGAUGUAUUUAAAAGUAGAAAUAGUAUAAUAACACUUUUUGUAAAUAGCUUUUAAAAACUGAUGGGAAAUACUGUGUUUGAAAGUGGGAUUGUUAAAUCACCUCUGUGAACAGUGUUACUUGUUCAUUCAGUUGAGGAACGUGAGAGGGAAGAAGUUACAAAAGAUGUUUUGCUAUUGUGUACUAGAAAAUUUCAGUUUAUCCAUUGCCUUAUAUGUUAAAUGCAUUGCAUGUAACUUUGCUAUACUACAUAUUGUGUUAUAUACUGGAAAAAUGAGUCCUAAUUUUAAAACAUCCACUCUCUAGAUACUAAAGAGGUUGCAAAUGUAUGACAAAAAUAGUAAAGUAACACAUUUUGUACACUUUGUGUUAACGUUUAUAAAAAGACUAUCUUCUGAAAACGACUUUUGGAAGUGAAAUGAUAACAUCAACUCUAAGUGACACAUGGGCCCAUAUCCACCAGGUUGGUGGUGCAGAGGAGCUGGAAGAAAUGAAGGAUUCUAGAUCAGAAUAUUCCUAUUUAGAAGACAGUUUAAGAUAAACCAUGUGUGUAGUUUAUUCAACCCUACUGAUGCAAGAGAAUAGGGUCUGGAGGCAGGAAACAUAAAGCAGAUUCAUGCAGACUUCCUAGAAAUAAAUGAAAUGGAAACACAUCAGCUAUGACAGGACAUAUACUCUCCAACAGAGUAAAUGACUUUGUAACUUUAUUUCAUCCUCUCCAUUUACAUAGGGUGUAUAUCAAGUAAAUGACUACGGUGUAUACCAAGUAAAUGACUUUGUAACUUUAUUUCAUCCUCUUCAUUUACAUAAGGCAUAUACCAAGUAACCAAUGGAAACCUUGAGAGGGUAUUUAAACCCCAGAAAAUUCUGUAACUGGGCUCUUGAGCCCCUAAGCACAGGCCUUCCCCCACCCUGUGGAGCGUACUUUCAUUUCAUAAAUCUCUGCUUUUGUUGUUUCAUUCUUUCCUUGCUUUGUGUGUUUUGUCCAAUUCUUGGUUCAAUAUGCCCAGAACCUGGACACCCUCCACUGGUAACAUAUUUUGGCAAGGCAGCCAGGAGGUAAGCCCAAAGUUUGGGAUUUUUCAUCUUUUCUUUUCCACUCCAUACGGGGGAAUCUCUCUCUCUGUCUCUCUUUCCUUUCCAACUCAGGACCCUUGGUGGGCAGCGCCUAAACACGGAGGCAACCGCAGGUUUCUGGGUGGGGCCAUCCUGAAGGACUUUUUUCUAUCUUUUCUGGUUGUGGUCCCUGAUUCCUACGUGUGGUGCAGCUCAGGGCAAACUUGUAGCUCAGGGCGAACUUGCAUGUGUUUCAGGCGACGGAAACCUUUUCUAUACUAACUUCUUCCCUUACCCUACUUGACUGGCUAAGGACAAAAGAAGCCUACCCAGCUUCCAUUUCCUAUCAUUACAGUUCAUGGCUAUCAUGCUAGUGGAACAGGAAGCAUGGGAUAAUGUGGCCUUAUCAAAUUAUAAGGAUGCUAAACGUCAGUGAUUACACCCAGGAACCAAAGGACAGCUCACAAUUGCCUCUGGAGGGAAAAUAUGCAAAGCGGCACUGUUGCCCACCUAAGGUCAGAGAUGCCUGACACUCUUAAGACUGGACCCCAAAGGGGGAUUCCCCAGGGGAUCCUCCAGACUUCAACCUCUCCAAAGGGGAUGCCCUUGGCAGCAGUUCUAAGGACUAGUACUAAGCCCUCCUUAGAAUUUUCUCUUGCAGUUGCAAUACUGUUUGGCCCCAAUAUGGUUUGGAUUCUGGCAUUUGCUGUUGAAUGGGAAAGCGGGAUGCAGUUGCAUGUAUCCAGGCUUUGGUGCUGCUGUUCUAAGCAGGGGCAGGCCUAGUUAUUAUGUGAUGUUCUCCUUUGGUGCUGUUUGACCCCAGUGUUCUUUCAAGUCUGGGGAGGUUUGGCCUUUAAAAAUCAAACUGCCAUGGAAAUUGCUUUACCUGAAAUAAUGGUUCACAGCCUUCAUUGGAUUGCUUCUUGGGUACACAAAGUAAAAUUGGCAAGCUUGUAUUGCUAUCUCAUGGUUAGGGUUCCAAGGUAAAAGCUAUUGAAUCUUCAUUUGUGUGUGUAUAUACACAUGUCUAGAUGUGUUUAUUUGUAUGCACACUUGUUAUAUGUUGUGUUUUGGCUUAUAAGUAAAAGAGCACUCAUAAAUUAAGUAAAUAAGUCUAAGCAAUUUUCAAGUUCACAUGACUUAAGUAUAACUUUCCUAAACAAGCUAGUUUUAAAAUUAUUGGUGAAGUAAAAAUAGAAAUGCCUUCAGAAUUGUCAGCAUAUAUUUUUGUCUGGAUUUUAUAUUUGUCUAUGCUAGAUAUUUUGAGGUGGUAGGGUUUGGCAUAGAAGGUUAUAAAACUAUAAACCCAGCCAAAACAAAAUGAUCUCGUUUGCGUUUUUUUUUUUUUUUUUUUGACAAAUGAGCAUAAUUUAAUGUUAGCUAAAUCUUCUGGGUUACUGGCAAAAAUACCUAUGUAUUUAACUUUGAGGCUCUUACUUAGGUUUAAGUGCGCACCCAAUAUUCACUGGCUAUUCAAAAUGUGGUUAACAGGGAAAUAACUGACUUUAAAAGAUAGUGUCUAAUAUUUCGGUUUACAGAGGUAAUCUAGGUAAACUGUUAAAAGUGAAACAAUUGAGCACAGUGAAUGGGACAAAUGUUUUAGAUAAGUUUUUGUGUAAAGUCUUAAAAUUAUUUUUGAUGCUCAUUUAAAAUCUGGGCCAUUUCCAAUUAGAAAGGUUGUGAUAUGGGGAAAUAUGUUUCUAAAAUUGUGUAAUUAUUCUUAACUAUAAAUUCCCAUAUCUGAUAGUUCAGGAUUUCUUGCUUUUUAGCGUUUCACUAAAGUUUUAGGUUACUAAGGAUAAGAAUUCUAGUUAACACAUAAUUCUGCAUACAAAACAUGCCAGAAAGGUUGUGUUAUUAGUGAGAAAAAGAAUAAUUUAGAAGUUAUCUAAAAGUUAGUUCAAAUUACAGAUUUGAAAAGGUUACUUAUGAAACAAUGUAGUAAGGAACCAGUAAGUAGAGGAGAAAGAUAUGGAAAAAGUUUAGAUAAUAAAAUAUUCUUUAAAACCUGAUAGAGAAUUGGAGAUAUUUGGCUAAUUAACAUUUUCAUAGUGAAAGCUCUUAGUCUUGAUAAAAGUAAAAUAAGCAUUGUAAAGAAAUGCAUCGGCAGUUUGGCAAUUCCUUUUUACUAUAGUUAAGCAUGAAGCCAGAUUUGGUGUGGAGCCAAAUUUCACAUACAUGCUUGCAUUGCUUCACACUGUUUACUGUUUUGUGUGGAUAGUGCUGGCACUGGAGUACUUACUGGUUAUGUGCCUAUAGUGUAUUUCUUGAUUGCACAGGAUGUAUGGUGAUAUUGGUGAACUUAAGGAUACUGAAUUGUGUAUCAGGAAUAAAAUAUUCAUUAUGUGGGUUUUGGGGGGCCCUAGGUAAACACUGUAGCCUCCAGGGUAGAUUGAGAAGGAAAAAUUGAGGGUGGGUUCCUAUUUGUUUUUGCUUCUAAUUUUCAUUUGUUUGCCAUUUAUUCUCCUCUGGCUUUGCUUGUGUAUGCAUAUAUAAAACCAUAUAUAUAUAUUUUAAAUUUCUAGUGGAAGGCUUUUAUUUGGUUCUGUGAAUAGUUAUUUUGUUCCCUAUGCAUUUCUAGCAAGUCAUCAUUUGUUCCAUUUAUCUGGAAUUCCUAGGCUACCUUUGUCAGGCUGGCAGGAAUUGAUGGAGCACACUAGCUUUUUAACCUUGAACUAACUCAAAUUCUGUUUAUGAUACUUUAAGUGUGUCAAGUAUAUUUUCAUAAACAGAGUUUGAGUCAUAUUUCUCUGUCUGCCCAUUUUCUCCAAAAUUCGUAAACUAUUUGUGAAUAUUCUUAAUUCAUGGCAAUGUGUUUGUUUGCAUAUAGUCAAGCAGGGUUCCUAGGGCUGCUUUGGGAGACAGAACCCAGAAACCUGGCAUACUGGCAAAAGGGUAAGAAUUUCUUACCAGCCAGACUCUGGUCUCUGUCUCUCUGUUUAAACUGCAUAAAUGAAUAGUAAAAGUCACUGUUUAUCUCCUCUGUAAAGUUUUGAUUAAUAUAAAAAAAGAAUUCUGAGGCCGAUCUUAAGCUGUAGUGAAUCUGGUGUGCUUUGUGUCUUUCUGUAUUGUUUUGUCAUAAAGAGGGAUACCUUAGAAUAAAAUGUGUGCUUAGGACCCCAUAGACCUGCUGUUCAAGACAUCCCAGCAGACUGGUCAGUCAUGUCUUUGGCAGCUUGACCUUGUAACCAUGUGGCCAUGCUUUCUCUUUUCACAAUGGCAGCCUGCGUUUAGGGUUCAAUUCCUGGCUUAGGGAAUGAGUCCUUUAUCUUCUGUCUGUGUAUUUAUAUGUGUUGUGUGUGUACUAUAAAAGAGCAUUAAUUAAUUAGCUUAAUAAUAAUAAGAGCUUAAAUCAAAUAUUUUGUCAGAAAAGUAAAAAAUGUAAUGCCUUUUAUUUACUUCAUGUAACUUAAGUAAUCUUUGGGAAAUAAAGACAGUUUUAAAGAUUAUUGGUAAAAUAAAAAUAUCUUCAAAAUGUAAAUAUUUAGUCUAAAUUAUGCAGGUCAGAUAUUAGAUUUGCAAAAUGCUUUAAGGUCAUAAACUGCUUCUUUGACUUUUAAAAAUUGCUCAAUUUAUUUUGGAGCAUUAGAUUCUAGAUAAGGCCUGGGGACAAAUAGAAUUAGCCAUGUCCCCUAGCUAUGCAAAGAAGGUUAUAAAGAAAGGAGAUUUUAUAUAAGAAAGGAUCUUAUAUAGUAAAUUCUUGUCCUAAAGUAAAAUAAGUGGUUGUUAAAAAAGAGGGAUGUUUAGGACAAGUUAGAAAGUUGAAGCAUGUCAUAGAUGGUCUGUGUAAGUCAUGAAAUAAUUUACAAAAGAGAAUUUAUGCAAGAAAUAUACAAUUUAACGGUGAUUAGACCUCCUAAAUGCUUCAUAAAAUGCCACUAUGACUCUUAACUCUACAACUUGCCUGCUUUACAGCUAGGUAAGGCCUGAGACACGUGGAGUCAGAUGCUGGAGUCAGACCUUAAGUGUACUUCUCUCUGGGUCCUAGACUCCACAACUAAUAUAUAAUUAAAAUCCUUAACUUACCAAAGUUUUCACCAAAAGUAAAACUCGCUAAGAGUUAACAUUGUAACAUGUAAGUGAGACUACUGAAGCAACAGUUUUACAUGCAAGUUACGUAAGAAAAGUGAAUGCAUUUUCAGUGAAAGAUUAUAACAAGGCAUGGGAAUGUAGAUUUUUUUUUUCUGUCUAAAGGGUUAAAGGAUUGUUUUAAGUUAGGAUAAAGCUAAAAGUUUGAAUGAGUUGUGGAAGAUUUAUAAAAAUUAAUAUUGUAAAAAAUCAUGUGUGUGAACAUAUUGACUAAAUUUAAAGGGGUAUUUUCUGGUUUUUCCAUAAAUUGAACAUCAAAAUAAAAGCACAAACAGGGUUUUCUUAAAGCAGUGAUCUGCUCUUUAACAAACAUUUGUAAAGGAUUAUAAAAGGUUUAUGAGAAUCUCACCUUAUGGUCAAACUGAUUAAGAUUGGAAAGAUAUGUCUACAAGGUUUUCUUAAAAAUUGGGGUUGACAUUAAUAGCACACUAAUGCAAGGGUGAAAUUUGGCUUUCUCUCUUGAACAAGAUUUUCAUGCAAUAUUAAAAGAUAAUGAAAGAUCUUUGUUUGCCUUUUGAAUAAACUACCCCCCCCCCACCAAAAAAAAGGAAGGGAAAGACAAGAGACAGAUUGUUUGUAAAGUAAGUCUUCCAUCUAUCAACAAGGAAAGGUUUUUGCCUUUUAAAACAUUUUUGAGUCAUCAUUUUGCUAAAUGAGUGACUAUGGUAACCUGGAAUUCUAUUUCAUAAUAUCAAGUGUUUUAAAUCUUUAACAUAUUUAAUAGGCUUCCCAAAAUCAAAUUUCAGCUCCAAAAUUGUCUUUUCUAACCUCUAACUUUGAGAUGUUGCAGAGGGCCCCUGAAGCAUCUAAAAGAGAGGUAAACAGAAUUAUUUGACAUGUUUAAUUACAUGGGAAGCAUUGUCAAAAAGAAAAAAAAAUUUAAUCUUCUUCAGGUUAUAUUUUAGUGAAUAAUAUUAAUAUAUGUUCCAAAAUUGUAUGAGAUUUCUAAAAUUCCAAUAUGUCUGAGUAUAUGCUAUCAAUCAUAAUUAUGAUUAUUAUCUUAUUGUAGACCACAGAAAUAACCAAAUUUCCUUGUCAAUUGUGUUUUUAACUAUAACUAUUUAAAGUCAUUUCCACAGUUAAUUGCUUAAUGCUGAUGCAGUUUCUGAAAACUUCACAAGCAUGCAAAGUCCUAGAAUAUGGUGUCUUUUAGGAGAUUCAUGAAAGAUUGGAAAGGACCCUAAAAAGCACUCUUGAAUACAGGUUUCUAAUAAGUUUAGAAUUAUAUCAUUUGAACUGGGUAAGAAUUCCUGGAACUUUAAUGAAAAGACUGACUGAGUUCUAAAACUGCUAACCCAAGUAGAACAAAAAUUAAUUAAAUACCAAGAAAAUACUUUGCCAGAUUUUCAUGCUAAAUCAGCUGAUACUGAAACUGUUUAGAUAUAAAAUUUGAAUAAACUCCAUCAUUUAAAUCAAAUUACCUAUGAUAACCCAUCAGUUAUCAGUGUUAUGCACCUAAUUUGGGGAAACAACUGGUAUUCAAGAGGAUAUGAGUCUAAUGUUAAUUAAGCAUGAACUCAUGGAGAACCAGGAUGGCCACCUUGUCCUUCCUAAGUCCUUAAAGCUUUUGUUAGUAAAAUUUCUGCAUUACAUGACUUGUCACGGAAAAGAUAAAAUGAUCCAAAUUGAAUAUAUUGUUGUGGUGACUUAUAAAUGGCUAAAAUAGUUUAUAACCAAUGUUUGGUCCCAUAUUCCUGGGAAAACAAUCAAAGCUUCAGGUACAUCCAGUCACCUGAUAGGCCAUUUAAACAUUUUAUAGAGGGAUUUUAUUCAAUUGUUAUUUUCAGUGCAUGUUUUCUGGUUGUAUAAAAGCUUUCCCAUGCAAGAGGGCUGAUGUUAUAACACUAAGUUAUUAUGCCACCAAGUAUUUUCACAAGGUAAAGAAAGCUUUUUAUGGUUCACUGAGGACAAUCAACUCCUUCACAACCUAGAAACUGAAGAUUGUAUCUUCUGAGAACAUUGGAUAAAGACUGUCCUUGCCAUCCACACUACAGCAAAACUUCUGGACUUUGAACUUUGGGUUCAUGAUCUCACAACUGAGAAGAGUCCCUCCACACUCUUGGAACUGUACACCCAUUGGAACCCUUAAGGUAAAGCUAACCAGGGAAGUUUCUCUCCCGAAGAAGAUGGCAUCCUUGAUGUGAACAGCUUUUCCCAAGAUCAUGAAUCAAGACUUCUCUAUUAUCAUGAAACUCUUAUCUUUGAAUAUUUUUUCCUUGCUUUUGCCUCUAUGAAGAAUGGAAGUGGAAAAGGGAUCUGUUGUGUACAAUUAUGGGGUAUACUUUUAUUUGUGAAGAAUUUUGCAGCCAGCUUUAGGUCCUUUUUCCAUGAUUUGGAAUAAAAGAGGCAAAUGUAUCCCUCAUAAUAGGCUCUAUAGCAGUUUACUGUAAAGGCUAUGGUUACAUAAUAGACUAAAUUAUCUUAAGAAAGUUAUGCUAAAUAAUAGAAUUGGCUAAACAGAGGAGUAUCUGUGCAGCUGCUGGCACUCAUGGCCUAUGGAGAAAACAUCAGGUAUUAUAGAGAUUCAGUUGUAGCAAAUUAAUGAAGAGACUGCUUAGUUAAGUGAGUAGACUCUUUAGCUCAUUCUUUAAUCUAUUUGAGUUUGGGAGGUUUGGUUUAUGGUGACCCUAGAUAAGGAGCAUACUUACUCUCAACUCUUGGUAUUAUCCUCCUGAUAGUCAUAAUAAUAGUCUCCCUGGUGUGCUGUAUUCUCUCAAAGGUUUUAAGUGUUUGCAUGCUGCCACCUCUAGAAUGUAUGCUGCGGGACUGUCCAAAGUAUCAGAGCUGAAUAAGCUUAGAUAUGGUGCAAUCAAGUGAGUGAGUCAGCUCUGAAGUGGAGCUCUUUGUCAGGACCUCUUGUGUUUCCAGUGGACUCACCUUUCUCCCCUUCCAUCCGUUAAGGGACCGGAGGGAGCUGCCCAAGUUGCCUGGCCAGAUGUCUGUGGACUAAGUGUGACUGAUGGAUAUGGGGGACUGACCCUACCUGUAUCUGAUGAAGAAUAUUGAAUGAUGUUAGAGAAAAUCCUAAAUGGUGCCUCUAUUCAGAUGUAAUUAUUCUUACCAGCAGAUUCUACUUUCUGAGAAGCUAAAAUUAGAAAUUAAAUUUGGUAGGCUAGGGUGACAUGUCCUCAAACCCGCUAAGGCAGGGAUGUGAAGCAGGAGGAUGUCAGACAGGAGCCUGGGGCACAGCAAUGGACACAGUAGGCCUGGGAUCAUUCAUUCAACAGUUGACCAGUGCCUCCCAUGAGCCAAGUACUGUUCAGGGAUGGGGAAUACAGAGGUGCGUACUAUAAUCUCUUUAAAAAUAACAUGUUCGUUUGUAUUUACUGCUCUUAUCCACACAGCCUUCUUAGUAGUACAUAUGUACAGAGGAAUGUCUUAAAUAUUUAUCAGAUAUUAUAGGUAGAAAAAUAGAGGUGAUUUGUGGCUUUCAUUAUUGCUUGAGUUUUUAAUAUAAUAAGCAUGUGUUAAAUUCUGUUUUUAAAAAUCCUCUAAACGUUUUUUUAAACAAAGCCAUAGCAGGGGAAUCCCAUGAUUGGUAUCCCUAGGUCUGAGGUAUGUUCCAUCGUACAUUGGAGCUUUGGGGAGCGGAUGGAAGAAGGUGUCUGGUGAAUGGGACAUUUUAGUUUAUGGAAGAGAAGAGAAAAAUUCCCUGACUACAACCGGUUUCAUUGUAACUUUCCAUCUGCUAUUGGAAUCAAGAACUAAAAAUUUAUCAGCAGGCAGCAGUCAGUAUCGCAUGUCCUUCCUCUGCAUCCGUGCCCACGGAGCUCCUGAUGGAGAUGGGAGGACGGAGUCCCAGAGAACUACAACUCCCAUCAAGCACUUGGGGAUCGCCAUGGCUGAGGGAAACACUGUGGCUUAGGAACCACCAUUCGCGUGAGGCUCUGCUCCCCGCGCCUGCGCAGAGUGCAGGGCCACGUCGCUUUUGCUGUACCGGGGACCACGCGUCUCAUCCAUGGCUUCCGCGGACUCGCGCCGGGUGGCAGAUGGCGGCGGUGCCGGGGGCACCUUCCAGCCCUACCUAGACUCCUUGCGGCAGGAGCUGCAGCAGACGGACCCAACGCUGUUGUCAGUAGUGGUGGCGGUUCUUGCGGUGCUGCUGACGCUAGUCUUCUGGAAGUUAAUCCGGAGCAGAAGGAGCAGUCAGAGAGCUGUUCUUCUUGUUGGCCUUUGUGAUUCCGGGAAAACGUUGCUCUUUGUCAGGUUGUUAACAGGCCUUUAUAGAGACACUCAGACGUCCAUUACUGACAGCUGUGCUGUAUACAGAGUCAACAAUAACAGGGGCAAUAGUCUGACCUUGAUUGACCUUCCCGGCCAUGAGAGUUUGAGGCUUCAGUUCUUAGAGCGGUUUAAGUCUUCAGCCAGGGCUAUUGUGUUUGUUGUGGAUAGUGCAGCAUUCCAGCGAGAGGUGAAAGAUGUGGCUGAGUUUCUGUAUCAAGUCCUCAUUGACAGUAUGGGUCUGAAGAAUACACCAUCAUUCUUAAUAGCCUGCAAUAAGCAAGAUAUUGCAAUGGCAAAAUCAGCAAAGUUAAUUCAACAGCAGCUGGAGAAAGAACUCAACACCUUACGAGUUACCCGUUCUGCUGCCCCCAGCACACUGGACAGUUCCAGCACUGCCCCUGCUCAGCUGGGGAAGAAAGGCAAAGAGUUUGAAUUCUCACAGUUGCCCCUCAAAGUGGAGUUCCUGGAGUGCAGUGCCAAGGGUGGAAGAGGGGACGCGGGCUCUGCUGACAUCCAGGACUUGGAGAAAUGGCUGGCUAAAAUUGCCUGAGAGGCAGCUCUAAAGCACAAGACCUGGAUGUAUGACACACAGUUUUGGAAAAAGGUCUGUGGUAGUCUGGAGUUGAUGAGGAUGGGGUACAAGAUGUGGUUAGAAACAUUUCCUUGUUCUGGAAACAAAGUACUGUUGAAACCAGCUUGGAAUUUUUUUUUUUUUUAAGUUCAGUUCUCCCUUAUGGCUGCCUUUCAAACAAGUACCUUUUAUCUGAUGCCUGUAUCUUCCCUUUGUUAAGGUGUAACUUGAUGUAGGGUCAAGGUUUUUGUGACAACAGGCAGACUCCACACAGAGAGGAUAUGAUGAGAAUAUGGCCAUCACCUGAAAAGUUUUCUUAUCUUCUGUGCUUUUGGUCCCUGGAAACAAACCCGCCUAUGUAUGAAGCUAGUUGAUUUCCAGUUGCACUAUUUCCAGUUGCCUCUGAAGUUCACAGGCAAUACAUUGUCUAGUCCUUUGCAUAUUUCUCUGAUUUGUGGGCACAGUUAUGAAGUUUCCCCACAUGUGAAGACAGGUACAAAAUAACAGAGCCAAGCAGACAGUGGGUCUAUUCUUCAUUAGCUCAGUGACUUGUCCACACUCGUCUUAGCACUUAUGUUUCAAAAGCUUGUCACAAACCCUUGGAGUCAUUCCCAGAUAAUAGAACUGGAAAUGAUAAAUCCCCUAAUGCCAAGGGUCUAGUGUGUUCUUAGUGGUUAUACUGGGAAGUGUGUGGAGAUUUAGGUGCUGCUCUGCUGCUCUGGAUGGCUGAAGGCUCCUGGGCCAUCUUCAUGUGCUGCUUGAAGAGCUCCUAUUUUGUACUCCUGGCUAGAAUGCUGUGGAACAAAUACAAAGUGAAAAAAGUUCUCUGUAAAUUUCUGAAGUGCAUAUUCAUUGAUGCCAAGAAAAAAAAAAAGUUGCCUUUUUGAA